AGCGCGACCGCCGAGGUGGGGGGAGACUUCGGAAGAUGAGCCACGCAGAUCUUACAAAACCACCACUGGCUCCCAAACCAAAGAUCUUCAGUCAUCUGGCUUCCAUAGCUGCUUCCAAAUUUCCUCAAUCACUAUCAAGGGCUGGCACACUUCACAAUUCAAACUCUAUGUCUAGGGGUCCAAAACCACCCAUUGCUCCCAAGCCAAAAAUCUCUGCUGACAACGAUCCCGCAAUUUUACAGAGAUCCAACAUUUAUGCUAAUAACACCUUUAACAAAUAUCCCAACGGAAAACUGGAAGCAGAACUGUAUGAAGAAAACCAGUGCAACAACACGGAGGGUCCAGAAUCAGAAGACAGCAAUGAAUACAUUGUAAUUCCUGAUGUUGAACUGACUGAUAAAACAUACAGUGACUUUGAGCAGGAGCCAGCUGUGAAUGAGAUUUUACACACUCUUGGACCCGUAGGUGAGGAAGAUGGUAAUUGUAAGGAUAGCAAUGACGUAGGCGAUGGCCCAAUAAAUGUAAUGAAGAACAAGGAUACUGAGUCAGUGGGAGACAACUCUGUGGAAUCAACUGAACUCCCAGCACUUCAUUCCCCCGAAGUUGAAAGUGAAAAAGAAGAUGGUACAAGAGAUGAAUAUGAAAAAGUGGACAGUGAAAAUCCUCCCAGAGAGAUCCAAAUGAACUGUGCAGAUGAAACUCUAAGCAAACUGGAUUUGAUAAAUGAUAACAAUGAAUAUAACAUGGACAGAAAAAUAUUGAAUGGGGAAUCUUUGAAAGAAACUAUAUAUGAUGAUAUCAUUUUAAGGCAUUUAGAGGAGCCAAUAUCAGCAGGGGAAGGUCUUCCUCUAAUUUGCAAAGGUUUAAAUGCAAUACAGUUUUUAGAAGAGGAACAAUUAAAUACCGAUCUAGAAUUGGGCCCAGCAAAUCAUAACGAUAAUAAUUCAGCCUGGAGUAGAGAAAGAGAACUUACAGAAGAUGCUGAUGUAAAUACUGAUGCUCAGAUUGCUAAUGAUUCUGAAGUAGACACAGAGUUAGAACCAAGUGGGUCUGAGCCUGGUAUUGAGACAUUUAGCGGGGCCACUGAUGAAAUGGAUGAAAAGGAAGAUGAAAUAGAUCUAAAUCCUGAAGGAGAAGAUCUUGACAACGUUUGCCAAACUACUGAAGUGAAGAAUGUAGUGGAAAUACCAGAGACUGAAUGUGAAUCAGGGGAAGGUUUUGGAGAACAAAAUGAAACGAUAGACACAGAGACAAUAGACGAUAGCUGCCAGAUCAUUCCCUUUGGGAAUGAGGGCAGUGAGGAUGCUCAGGAUUCUCCAGAUGAAGAUCUGGGUGAAGAUUUGUCAGAAAAAGAGACUGAAAUGCCUGAUAAUAACAUGUCCCUCCGUUCUGAAGAUACUAAUGGGCACAAGUCUGACUCGCAGCUUAAGUCAGAUGUUUUACUUGGAGAUCACAGUGCAAGUGAAUGUACUUUAGAAGAUACACAUUUGACUCACCAAAUACUUGAGGAGGAUCAUAACAAUAAAGAGGAAACUGCCCCAAAUCCAACCAGAGAAACAUCAACUGAAAAUUCUGGGCUUUCUACUGGAGAAUUGGCUAAGCUGGAAAUAAACUCAGCCAAUGAAUGUGUGAUUGAAGAAGGCACAGUGGUCUCCAAAGUGUUGUUUGGGCCCGAUAACAAUGGAGAAGUAGCCAAUGAUUCCCUAGAUGACCCAUAUGUCCUUGGAGACACUUUGCCUACAGCAAAUGAAAUUCUUUAUGCUGGAAGAGAAACGCAGGAGGCUGAUAUCCAAAACAGCUCAAGUGAUUUCAGGGAGGGAGAGAACACAGAAAAUGAAAACCACUUGCUUUCCAUAGAUCGGAAAAACAUUGUUACUAGAACAAGGUCCCAUUCUGGGAAAGUACCUGGUUAUGUGCCAGAAACAGUUCCAGAAGAAACAGGGACCGACGCUGAAUUGCAGACAUUGAGCACAAACACCAUGAUUACUGAAAAUGUAAGACACAGUUUGUGUUGGGCAGAAGGAAAACCUAUAGAGCUGGCUAGAACGCUGCCUGCAAAGCCAAGGCGCUUCAUUUUGUACCCUCGAUCUUAUUCAGUGGAAGGCAGAGAUAUCCCCGUCGCUCUGUAUCGAGAAACCGAUAACUCUAUAUUAGAUUAUAACAGAUUAAACAGGACAGAUGAGCUGGCUUUGCCAUACGUAAUUGGUUCCUCGGGUAGCUUUUCCCAGAGGAAUCACCUUACAUCCAGUGGGGUUUCCACGCCUUCCUCUGUUGUCGAUAUUCCACCUCCCUUUGAACUAGCCUGUAUCACCAAGAAGCCCAUCACAAAAAGCUCCCCCUCACUUUUAAUAGACAGCGAAUCUCCUGAUAAGUAUUGCAAGAAAAAGAAGUCCUCGUUUAAAAAAUUUCUCACUUUGAAAUUCAAGAAGAAGGCAGAAAACAAAGUCCACGUAGAUGUUCAUGUUUCUUCUUCAAGAUCCUCCUCCGAGUCUAGUUAUCACGGACCUUCCAGGGUGAUGGAACUGGACAGAAGAAGCUUGAGUAGUUCACCUCAGCUGUUAUCACGGACUGCCAAACUGAGGGCUUCGGAGUCUCCGACUGUUCUCUUCUAUAAGGACGGCAAGAGAAAAGGAACACCCAAAAUGUUUAGCAGAAGUGUGUCAAGGGUAGAGUCAUUUGAAGAUCGUUCGAGGCCACCUUUUAUGCCGCUGCCUUUAACGAAGCCCCGGUCUAUUUCAUUUCCCAAUGCUGAUACUUCUGACUAUGAGAAUAUCCCAGCCAUGAAUUCUGAUUAUGAAAAUAUACAAAUACCUCCACGAAGGCCCACUAGGGCAGGAACCUUUACUGAAUUUUUUGAAGAUCCUAGCAGGGCCUUGUCUGCUGCAAAUGAGAAUGACGGCUAUGUGGAUAUGAGCAGCUUUGCAGCCUUUGAAAACAAUAAGCAGCAAGCCACUAACCAGGAAACAGAAAGUGCUUAUACAGAGCCUUACAAGGUGUGCCCCAUCUCUGUAAUUCCUCUUGAAGAUGUCACAUCUGAUGAGGAACAGAAAAGUUCAGAAGAUGAAGAGAGUAAUCAAGGAGAUUCUAAUAUCAUCCACAAGAAAGAAGGGCAAUCCAGAGCACAACUUGUCGCCCAGGAACUUGUGUCAUCAGAAAAAGUGUAUGUGGAGAUGCUCCGGCUGUUACAUACGGAUUUCCAUGAAGCUGUCUUAAAAGUGCUGGGAGAUGAGUGUGAUAAUGAUCAUGAAGAAACAAAGCUUAAGGAAGGACUGAAGGAAAUCCCAGAAAUCUACAAUUUUCACCAAGAAAUACUGGGGGAACUGGAAGAAAAAGUGCUUAACUGGGAAGAACAUCAGAAAGUGGCUGAUAUCUUCCUCUCCAGAGAAUCAGGAUUUAAUCACCACACAACUUAUAUAAUGCAGUUUGAUAGGAAUUUGGCUUUGCUGGAUGAUGUUCGCCUUAAAUCUUCCCAGCUGGAUACUGUCAUUAAAACGUUUGAGCAGAUUCAUGAUGGCAGUCCCUUGAAUGUGAAACACCAGCUCCUGAAAGUGGUGCAGCGCAUAUUCCAGUACCAUGUGCUACUCACAGAUUACUUGAAUAACCUCUGCCCUGAUUCUGCUGAAUAUGAAGAUACACAAGCGGCCUUGCUCAUCAUAUCAGAACUUACAGAUAGAGCCAAUGAUAGCAUACAACAAGGGGAAAAUUUGCAGAAAUUGGUACAUAUAGAGCACAGUGUCAAGGGGCAGAGCAACCUUCUACAACCAGGAAGAAAAUUUCUGAAAGAAGGAACAUUAAUGAAAGUGUCUGGGAAAAAUAGGCAUCCUCGACAUUUAUUCUUGAUGAAUGAUGUCCUGCUGUAUACAUAUCCCCAGAAGGAUGGCAAAUAUCGCCUUAAAAACACAUUGGCUGUUAGUAGUAUACAAGUCAGCCGUCCAGCAACAAAAAAGGCUCAGAAUGUUCUGAAGAGAUAUGCUGAUAAUUGCCUAACUCUAUCUGCAAGCUCAUGCUCUGAAAGGGAUGAGUGGUACAGCUGCAUCAGCAGAAGCAUCCCAGAAGACCAUGGGGCUCACAGCGGAGGUGGCUUUCACAACAGUGUUGAACUGAGGGAAAGGCUGGGAAUGUCUUUGGGUGAGAGGCCACCAAUGGUACCUGUAUCUCACGUCAUGAUGUGUAGAAGCUGCGGUUGUGACUUUAAACUCACACUGAGGCGUCACCAUUGCCAUGCAUGCGGGAAGAUUAUAUGCCGAAAUUGUUCAAGAAACAAGUAUCCUCUGAAGUACCUCAAAGACCGACUAGCAAAAGUUUGUGAUGGCUGCUACACAGAACUAAAAAGCAGAGAGCGGCCAAUAAGCAUAAGCUUCCCUACAAGUUCAUCCAGGUUUUCAGGCAGUGCCUUCUCUUCUGUGUUCCACUACUCUUCCUUCAAAAGGCAAAAGAAAAUUCCUUCAGCUCUUUUGGAGGUGGCAGCUUCAGGAGAAGGUUCUUCUAUCAAUGGGUAUCUCAGCAGAUGCAAGAGAGGGAAAAGGCACUGGAAAAAGUUAUGGUUUGUUAUCAAAGGAAAAGUGCUCUACACAUAUACAGCAAACGAAGACAAAGUCGCCACUGAGAGUAUGCCUUUGCUGGGUUUCACAAUUGUCCCAGAAAAGGAAGAACGAAAUAUGGAUGCAGUUUUCCAUCUUUACCACAAGCAAACUCUGUUUUAUAGCUUCCGAGCAGAGGAUAAUAAUUCAGCACAGAGAUGGAUUGAAGCCAUGGAGGAAGCAUCUAUAUUAUAGCAUCAUCCAAGUGGAUUCUGAUUUAAUGCAAGAUUACCCAUAUAUUGGAAAGAACAAUAUAUAUAAUCCAAAUCUGGCUAAACAUAUGAAAAAGAAUAUGUAGAAGCCUAUAAUUUUCCAUUCUUAAACCUAUCUCCUUGCUGAUGGAAACAAAACAAAGGGAAUAUUUAUGGACCCUUUUUAUCUUUGCAGGUUCAUCAUUAAACUGUGCUCUCACCUAACAGUUGCAUCAUGUUUUCAAGAAGUUAAACAACAUAACAUUUUUCUAAAAGAGUUGUUUACUCAUAACACUGUUUUAUUUUCUUUAAGAUAACAACAAUUUGUGCCAGUCAUAAAACUGAGGGUUUUUUACAUUAAAAUUUUGUUGCCUUUCUUCUUUCUUAAAAGAGUUUUACACUGGCAUGCAGUUAAGAAUGCUAGAAUGAAGAGAUAUACAUAAUUCCCACCAUAGAAAGUAUGCGAAAAUCCAUUCCAAGCUGGCAUUUUAGUGGUUAUAGACCUUCUAUGGUAACUGUAUAGUAUUUCUCAUAAACAGUUGUAACAGCUUAGCUUUGUUUAUUAGGACUCUUAAUCCACUCCAAAUUCCAAUCCAGUUCUAUGAAGACUGUACCAAUUUCUACUCCAAAGGAUAUGAAAACAUUAAUUUAUUAUAAGCCUUUACAUUUUGUUUAAAAUUGAUUUACGGUAUCUAAAUUAUAUUAUUUUAAUAGUGGAAAAGAGCAGAUCUUAUUUAUAAAUCUUAUUCCUAAAAUAUAAUUCUAAACCCAAAACAGGCAUCAACUUCAGAAAGGAAGAGCAUUUAACUAUAUUUA